AAAGUAUUGGAUAACUCAAUAUUAAUUAAUUUGCAAGCUACCGUUUUCCCAUACGAAACAACCUUUUGCAGCUUUCUAAAUUUCCAUGUUCUCAGAAUUCGGGAACACGAUCAACUUGCAUCAGUUAACUCGUUUCCUUUCUUGGACACACCCCAGUGAGCGAAUUUCACCUUGGUAACCACAGAGUCUUUGUAAUCUGUUGAACUUUGCAGCACCCCCCGUCUAUAAUGGAAGUAUGAUCAUUACAGAUGCAUCAGUGAUCUGAUUGGCUAAACGUCAUCUGAAAAUGGGAAGUAAAAUUGUCGAGAGGUUUCAGAGACCGCUAGAGAUAUUUCAGUAGCAGAAAAUCGUUCUGUAUAAAAGAGGCCCGCGUUUGAGGAUGGGGCAUUCGAAGCGAAGCAUCGAAAGAUCACAGCAAGCAAAAUUAGAAGAGACUCAAGCAUCGCAGGCAGAGAAUAUCAUACCAAGUGUAGUACUGAACAAGUUAGAAGAAACUCAAACAUCGAAUUUAUCUGAAUAUGGCUUUUACGAAAAUGGACGGAGUUUUAUUGGUCAUCCAGACCCUUAUCGUGUUCGCAGCCUCGUUUCCAAUGAAGAUACCUGAGCUGAAUCCGAAAUUUGAAAUCGGGGAGAAGUUCUUUGUAUCUGGCGUAGAGGACCUUGUGAAGCUAGGCAAUGGAACUGUCCCCGAGGCUCUCCUGACAGACUUGACACCCCCAGAAUAUUAUAAAUCAACAGGAGUAAAUGAACACGAUGCCCUUUCGCACUUGUACAAAACAUCCACAUCUGCAAAUGGGAGGCAGAGACGAAGCGUGUCGUCAUCAUGCCCAAUCACGUGGACUGUAAAUUUUGAGGCGAAUCGCUGGCCUAGCAGGAUCCAAAGAGGGAUUUGUAAUGGGCAGGGCACCACCUGUUUGUCAUCAGACGGCAAAAGGGCAUGCGAAGAAUACUACAGCGAAGUUCAAGUUUAUCGCUAUCUUGGGCAAACAAGCAGCGGACAGCAAGUAUGGCGUGUUGAGACCCAGAAAAUCCCCGUCCUUUGCUCCUGCUCAGCAUUUUAAAUCAUAGACAGAUAAUUUUCUGUAGAAGCCCUGCGGAGCAGAGCUGGAAAUAAAUUGGGUUGUCGACCAGCCCCCUUCCACGGACACACAGCGCCGAGGCCGAAGUCGAGGCCAAUGGGAAUUUUAUAAGGAAUCUGGUAUUCCAUCGAACUUUAAAUUAUUUAUUAUAACGAAUUUCAGCUUUUGUAAAUUAUAUAUUUAUUCGAAGCGACUUUUAUAUGUAUCAAUGACAAUACUGAAAAUAUUUGCGUGUAGAUAGUUUUUUGAAAUGAAAUUUCAAAUUAUAUGAUAGAUUUGAUGGAAAAAUGGUUAAUAGAUAUUCAAAUAUCGACAACAAAUUAAAGUGGAUCUUGUGUAUUUUAUAAUAGAAAUUCUAAUGUGGAAUAAAAUUCAAUGAAAUUCACUUUUCUUCUGUUUUUUUGUACUGAUGUCACGUGCAAAGUCAGGCAAAGUCCACCUUUUCAAUUUUCGUUCAUGCAAUGAUACGAAAUGAAAUUUAUUUUUGACUGCAUUUGGUUAGGUUUUAAGCAAAAGCUCCUUGCCUCGAAGAGAUUACGGUAACUUCAAGAUGCAGUACAAGUGCACAUUUUCCAUCAAAGCAGGGUUUUCAAAGUAUUCCUUGACUUAAAAUAAUCGGUAUAUACUUCUGUGUACAUAAAUGAAUGUUUUCAUAAAAAACAACAUUUUUUGCAACGAAAAAAAAAAUCAUUUGAAAAAAGCGAUGUUUGACUUUCUCACAGCCUAUUUUCAUCUGAGCUUGAAAACUAAUUAUGACUUUUGAUUGAAAAAUAUUUUUAACUUUGAAUCGACCCUUUUUCACAAAGUGUGCCAAUUUUUUCUAACCCUGUGACCAGGGACUGCGAAAGAAGGGGGCUAGUUGCUACAUGUGCUGAUAAUUUAUGCUAGAUUAUGUUGCUUGCAUUUUGUCAUACUGUGAACUUUGAAACCCCCCCCCCUUCAUUCUGUAAUUUUGUCCGUGAAUUUUGUCAGUGCCUUUUCCUGUAAGUUCAAAACUCAAGGUCGACCGGAUAACAGCAAUUUCCUUUUUGGUUGAAAUUUCUUCUAUUAUCUCUUUAUUUCUAUAUUUUUCUCUAUUUUUGAAUUGUCGCCUUUUGAAAAUACUAAAGCAAUAGCUACCUCUUUGCCUUGGCUGUUUGUGGUUUUGGAGACCUUACGCGUCAAAGGUUCCAUUUUUGUGUGACAGACACACCUAAAUCAAUCAUUAGAGAAAUGUAUGCAACCGCCGAAGAAAACGUCCAGUCGUAACAGUAAGAAAGCUAGAAUAUUUUGAUGUGGAUAACUUUGAAUCUAGUUCCAGCGGUGUAAUAAGCACGACUGCAUUGUGCCUGUGGAGAGCAAGGGAGGGGCAUUUUUUGAAGGGGUCUGACUAGAGUGUUUGGUCCCAGAUGUAGUUCUAAAAGGCGAGUUAAGUUUUUUUAAUAUUCUUGCUGCCUCCUCUUACCAUGACAUCUCACCAAGCAUUUGAGUAUUUAAGAUGAGGAUCCACCCAACCGUUUGUUUUAUUCACGCCAUUAUUGAUCUGCAAAGACUCUUCAUGACGGUGCAAGAGUUGGCUGUAAAGACAGUUUCAUUUGGAAUUUUGUUUGCUGAAAGGGAACUUUUGUUCCUCACAGAACCUGCAUAACAUUGCAAGUUCUCAAAAAGAAUAAAUGUUGGCCAGUAGACUUGUGUUUCUUUUGGAAACUGGCAUGGCUGAGCCCUGGUCUAGUAGCAAAGCAAAAUCAUGUAGCUUGACUUUCAGGAUUUUCUCGGUGGGUUCAUUUGAGUUGAUAUCAAAUUACUUUUCAUGAAGAAAUUUUGCCUGACAGUUGCUUGAUGAUCGAAUUAAGUGCGAAACUCGAAGUUGCAACUCACAAAUAAGUGCCCAAUCCCCUCCUUCCACCAAAUUGUUUGCUCGGCUAAUGUCAGAAUGCUUAUCAUUUAUCGCACUUUCCUAUGUACUGCAAAAGACAUUUGGCCGUGUCUUCCAACUUAUUUUCUGAUUGCCUAUAAUCAAUUAGAUUCUCAUCUUAU